AGCGUCAGAAGGCGGGGAUCUGUGUGUGCGGUCAGUGAAGAGCGCAGGGCGGAUCAGCUAGAGGCCGCGACACCGACACACGCGUGGAAAACUCUCGGAAAUCAACGGAAAAGUAGUCAUGGCGGAUCUGAGCUUGACCGAUGCUCUGACCGACAGCGCUCCUCAGCCUGACGUGGAAAACAUGGUGCAGAGGGAUUUUAUGGCCACGCUGGAGGCCGAGACCUUCGACGAUCAGGUCGGAGAGACGGUUGGCAAGACGGACUUCAUCCCACUGCUGGACAAUGACGGGAAGGAUCCAGGUACAGUUGUCAAGAACGGACAGCAGGAAGUCCAAGGGUCUCAGACCCCUGGCAGCGUGAGUCCACUGACGUCGUGGAAAGAGACACAAGGGGACGUACGACCACAUCAGACUGACCAGCAGACGUUUGGGACAGACCUACUAUCAGACUCAAUGUCUGGUUUUCCUGAUCAGUGGGGCUCACAGUCCAGCCCCCCGCAGAUGAUGGACAGCAGUCCGAUGGGACCGUUCUCAGGUUUCUCUCAGCCUAGCGCGGCGUCUGUGGUGAUCACAGGUGCUGCUCCUCUUCAGACAGAAAGACCGUCUGGUGUGGCCGAACCACAGGGUUCACCAGCUGCUCAGGCCUCCGAAGCCCCCAAAAUACCAGCUGAACCCCUGGCAGCAACGACACCCAAGAGCCCACUGGACACAUCUGCAGGUGUCUUUGGUGACUGCUGGUCCGGUGAGGCCGGCAUUCCAUCUGACCUGCCCUUCACACCCAGCGUUUCCACCAUUAUCAGUCGCCAUGCCAGUCACUUGGUAGAGAGCCCAAAUGACACUGCUGACCCUCAGUGGUCCCCGAGAGAUAGGGACACUGAGGAGAGGGAAGGUGAAGGAUCUGACCGUAAGAAGGAAAAGAAGAAGAAAAAACGGAGACCCAGGGACGAGGUUUAUGACUUCCAUGCGGAAAUGCAAAGUGAAAGUGCUUUAUCCGAAAGCCCCCAUCAGUCGUCCCCACGCAAGGAAGACGGAGGUUGGGAAGAUGUCGGGCGCAUUGGUGGGAGAGUCAAGAAGCCGAAAAGCCGCAAGAAGAUACCCGAGGAAUGGGCGAUCCAUGCCGAGCCCUUUGUCCCUGCUUCGGCCUCUAUGCCGCAGGAGUUUGAUUUUACCCAAUCACCCCUUGAAGUUGACAGCGGUCUAGUGUCAUUUUCUGAGGACUACACCGAUGAGAGUCUCAUUCCAUUGUCUCUUACCCAAGAUCUUCUGUCUCUCACAGCCACUUCCCCACCAUCCACAACACAUCUUGAACCUGCAAUACCCUCCCCAAAGUCUCCCGGUCAAGCCCGGCCAACACCCUUGUCCAUGUCGUCUGGCUUCCAUGAUAUCAUCAUGGAAACGGAAGAAGUUUUCAACCUUCCGUCACCUUUGGGCAAAACCGAUUCUCUUGUUUGCAGCCUCAAUGAUGCUCAGCCUUCUCCUGGUGGAACCUUUGAGGAGGCCAUGUUUGGACAAGAACACCCCUACACUGCUUCCAUAGGCACCCAAGAGUCACAAGUGAAGGAACCCCAAGCAUCCACCCCUGGAAGCACUUGUUUUGUACCACCGAUGGAAGCACUAAUCUCAGCACCGCCGUUUUCUCCAUCUGGACCUGCGUGGUCUCUUAAUAACCACAAUCAACCUUUUGAUCUUGAAGGCGUUUCCUUUGAAACCCAAAUCCCAGUUCCUGCACCUCUUCCUUCACCAAAGAGCAAAGCCCCAAAGGAACCAAAAUCCAAACAAGGCAAGAAGUCCAGUUCAUCCUCAUCAAAAAGUCCAACGUCCCCUGAUGCAAAGUUACCCUCUCCCCAGAAUUCCGGUCUGAAUCCGGCCGCUCCGCCAUUCUUCCCUAGUUUUGCAGAACCUCGGGAGCACGCUGGAGGACUGCCCAUCACAUUGGAAGGAAACACUGAUAAGAACAAGCCAGAGGCGAACAAAAUGGACAAUGUCCAGAAGUUUGAUGACUUUGAUAUCUUCAGCAAGACAGACAAAGACCAGAAGAUGGAAACUGUGCAAGAGAAAGACAAAACUGAUCACACAGACAAACAAACAACCAAAGGAGAAAACACAGAAACGCUGGACAAAAUCAAAGACGUGGAGAAAACGGCAGAGAAAACGGCAGAGAAAACGGCAGAGAAAACGCCUGAGAAAACGCCUGAGAAAACGGCAGAGAAAACGGCAGAGAAAACGCCUGAGAAAACGCCUGAGAAAAUGGACAAAGAUGAAAAAGUUCACACUGUAGAAACGCCAGUGAAAGUUGAGAAGAUUGAAGUGUUGGAAAAAACCACUAAAGAUGAGACUGAAAAAGCUGAGAAGGUUGAGAAGACCACCGACAAGAAAGAGACGGCAGAAACCGACAAAAAAGACACAGCAGAAAAGAUUGAUUCUUCUCCAAAGAUGGAGAAAGAGAAGGUGGAUCUGGUGGAAAAGGCUGAACUGAAGACGGAGGAAGUGAAAGUCGAAGAGAACAAAUCAGACCAGAAAGUAGAGGAAAAUAAAGAAGAACAUGUGAAGGAAAAAGCAGAACAGAAGACAGAGAAGGACAAAGUCGAACAGACAACAGAAAAGAUUGAGCCAGCUGACAAGAAACCCGCCAAAGCUGAGAAGGACGAGAAAGCCAAAAAAACAGCUGCUAAACCCUCAGCGGCCAAGCCUGCGGUAACCAACGGUGCACCUGGAAAAGACUUGACCAGUCCUGAGAAGAAGACCAAGCCUGUCGCCGGGGCAUCCAAACCUAGCUCUGCCAAGCCCCGGCCAAGCUCCGCCUCCGCCGCUACAGCCGCCCCCAAGCGUCCGACCCCUACCUCAGCCUCCAGCGCACCCGCCCCCCUCAGCAAAAAAGCCCCCGUGUCCAAAGCACCCACCCCGGCCGCUGGCCCCAAACGGCCAGCUACGGCAUCCACACGACCCUCCACCGCGACAAGCACCGCAGCCGCGUCCAGCACGGCGGCCAGAGAGGUCAAGCCCAAGACGGCCACAGAGAAGCGCCCACUUGUGCCAAAGGCCACUGCCGCUCCCACACGACCGGCCGCAGACAAACCUGCGACCACGACGCGCACAGCGACCACGACACGCACCACAGCCAGCGUUCCUGCAGCACGACGCCCGGUAGCAAAGACUGAGAGCAAACCAGGAGAUGAAAAGAAACCAAGCGCACUGAAAACUACAGAUGCCGCCCGCUCUAAAUCAGCCCCGCUCAAAGCCUCCACCACUACAAGCAGCGCCACCACCCGCCCUCGCCCCACCAAAACCCCCGCCUCCAGCAGCACUACAGCCGCCGCGGCCGAGAAGAAGCCGCCGGUACCCCGCGUCCCUCGACCCAGCUCCACGACCGCCAGCACCGCGGCUCGUGCCCCCGCCGCCCGCCCCAGCUCCACACCAGCGCCGGACAUCAAGAACAUCCGCUCCAAGAUCGGAUCCACAGACAACAUUAAAUACCAGCCCGGAGGAGGAAAGGUCACAGUGUCUCAGAGCAGGACGGACACUCAGAGCUCGCCCUCCAAAGAGACCAGCCAGGGCAAAGUUCAGAUAGUCUCCAAAAAAGUGGACUACAGUCACGUGACUUCUCGCUUGGGCUCCAAGGACAAUAUCAAACAUAUUCCUGGUGGAGGGAACGUCCAGAUUCUCAGCAAGAAGGUUGACUUGAGUAAAGUGACUUCGAAGUGUGGAUCCAAAAGCAACAUCAAACACAAACCAGGUGGAGGGGAAGUCAAGAUCGAAAGCCAUAAGGUGAACUUUAAGGAUAAAGCUCAGUCCAAGGUGGGCUCGAUGGAUAAUGUCAAUCAUGAGCCUGGUGGUGGGAACGUCAAGGCUGAGGGGGCGCAGGAGACUGCUGAGGGUAGCGGAGCUCCCUCUAGUGGUGUCUCGGCCACCCAGCCAUCAGCCGGCCCUGCCCAGGAGAAUGGGCUGAAGGAGGGCGCCCCCUGCAGGAGUGACGAGCUCCGGGACCCGCAGGGCCUGGACUCGCUCAUCCCUGAAACAAGCAUCUAACUCAACUUUUUGCUAUCACUUUGCCCUUUUCAUUUCAACCCCCGACCACUUCCUCUCCUCCCCUUGUUUAUGUCCUGUCCCUCCUCUGUCCUGUCUUUCUCCAACUCUGUGAUGCAGAUUGAGUCUUUCAAGCUAAAUUUCCGCGAGAACGCCCGCUCUCGCACGGACCACGGCGCCGACAUCAUCACCUGGCCCGUCUCGGGUGACAGCCCUGUCCACCUGCUCCGCAGCAGCGUCUCGCUCAACGACUCCCUCGCGGCCGCCGGCAUCCCUCGCUCCCACACCACCCCGGCCCUCAUCUCCUACCAAGAACAAGAAGGCGACGCCGGCUCGCUUACCCAACUCCGGACGUGAUUCUUUCUUUUCAUUGGUCCGCUGCUCUCUAAACCCCGCCUCCUACCAUUGCUAAGACUCAUAUGAUUGGUGUGCUCUUUGUUGACGUCCUUGAACGUGAUUCCUGAUUUGUUCAGUCACCAGGAAACGCAAAAAAAAUGACCAUAAUUGAAGUGGAUUGGGAGCGAAAUACUCGCCCUGAGAGUCUGUAAACUCUGUCGGUAACAGUCUGGAUGGGGUUUGCUGAGAUUACACUUAGACAUGGCUAAACUCAUACCUAACAAUCACCACACCUGCUACGUCACUUGUAGUAGAGCAUGAAUCUAGUUUAGUUGCUUUCGUUUCUUUUUUUAUCUGUAUACAAUAACUCUCAACUCGGUAUUCAUAAUCAUGAUGUAGCUGUUCAUCUGAUCACCACAUACAAACAUCUGGAUCCAUCUGGACAUCAUCUCUAGCUGCCUUCAAGUCCUCCUGGGAAGUUCGUACUUAUGAAUCUUACAUAAAAUGCAGUUCAAAUAUCAAAUAUCCAUCCGAUAUUCUGGAUGAAUAUCAUGCUUUUUAAUUUUCCGACAAAACCAAGAAGCCUCUUUUAGUGCCAAAGCAACCAAAUGAAGAGCAAAGAAUGUGCAUUAAGUGUGCAUGUUAUUAGAGCAUGAUGGGAAAUGUAGAUUUGGUUGCAUGAAGCUUUAAGCCACGGGCACGCUAUACUUUUGAGAGUGCAAAAAUUCUACGGCAUGAAAACGGUCCUAAUCAUUUUUAAAAACAUAAUCCAACAUCUAAAAUGUAAAACAAAAAACAAUAUACUCAACUUUACUGCCUUUCUGCAGAUUUAAAGGUGCAGUGUGUAAUAUUUAGGAGGAUCUAUUGACAGAAAUGCAAUAUAAUAUACAUAACUAUGUUUUCAGUGGUGUAUAAAGACGUUACAUAUGUAAUUAUGUUUUUAUUACCUUAGAAUGAGUCAUUUCUAUGUAUAUACACCGCUGGUCCUCUUACAUCGAAGUCGCCAUUUUGUGCCACCAUGUUUCUACAGUAGCCCUAAAUGGACAAACUGCUCUAUAGAGUGCGUUUGCUUGACUGCCUCCUCUCUGCUGUCUCAGACGACGACAUCUUUGUCCUGUGACGGCCACCGUAGCUUCUCCAUGUGCAUUGAAAGGGAGCGGUGGACUGAACCGUUGGUUGCAAUUCACAACCUCACCACUAGAUGCUGCUAAAAUUUACACACUGAACCUUUAAAGUUUGUGUUCUUUUAAUUCAGCUCAAAGUUCACGCCAAGAUGUUGGUCUUCUGUUGGUCACAGAGUAGAGCAGAGUACACCAAAACUUAUUUGUAAUAUUUUCUGGGCAGCACUAGACAAAAUUAAUAAUUAAAACUUACAAUAUUCAAAUGGCUAAAAACAGCUAUGCCUUUAAAGUUUCCUGACAUACGAGAUCGUGAUGCCGUUCGUCUCGUAAGCAUGAUCAUUCCCACGUGAUUUGAAGGCAGCAUCAUUCAGCAGCAUACAGGGGCUGUCAUGUGACCCUGUCAUGUGAUCCUCUCUCACCUCACCUUUGACCUCCAGUAGAACUGAAACUGAAUCACAUAGGCUAUCUAAACUCUA